AUGAAUAAAGGAUAUAUUAAGAUCGCUUUGGCACUUUUAAGUGUAGCUGGAUAUAUGCAAAAUAUGGCAUUUGCAACCGAAUAUGCUUCAAGCCCCGAUUCUUCAAAUGAAACAAGUAAACAAGUAUUAUAUAAUGACCCUGAAGAAGAUAAACAACAAUCAUCAGUCACCCCUAAAGAAGAAGAAGGUCUAUUAUAUGACGACCGUGAAGAAGCUAUAAAAGCAGCAGAUGUUAUAUCCGAAGCUUUAGCUCAUAUACAUAAACAUAUCGGAAAUUCAAAUGAAUACAAAUUAUAUUCUAAGGAAGAUGAUGGAGCACGUCUAUAUUUUAAGAAAUUCAAAGAUACUGAAAUUGGAAAGCUUGAACUUACAAUCCCCAACCCCGAUAGUUAUGAAGGUAUAGUAAACAUGUUAUGGGAUCCCAAUGGCGCAAAGAACUUCGAUAAUUCAUUCGUUAGAGGAACCAUUCGUCGAAAAUACAAUAAAGAUUUAUUAAUUACACAACAACGUCACAAAAGUGGUUUGAACGCAUGGAAAGGAUAUUAUCAUGCAUUAGCCGGCAAAAUUGAAUUAUCAGAAGACAAAACUAUAAUAGUCUUGGUUUCAUCAGAUAUGAAUGAUCAUGAUGGUGGAGGCAAUAAAGAAUAUAUAAAUCCUAUUGUAGAAAGCGCAAACUCAUUCAAGCCUGAUAUAAAUUCUGAAGCAGAUAUUAGAAAAGGAAAAUUAUCCAAACUGUAUGUUAACUUAGUAUCAUUUUUCAUUAAAAAGGAGCCCGAUUGCGUUAAAAUUAUCUAUCUUAUCUCUGUUGAACCAAAUGCUCCUUGCUAUGUCCCAAAUUGCAUUGUUAGAAAAGCUUUAUACACCAAAGUUUUAGAUAUUGUCAAAUUAAGGGAUAUUUUUAAAAAGGAGUAA